AUGUUUAGAUUGAUAACUCUUUCAGUUGCUCUGUUCCUUGGCAAAGUUACUAUGCUUGAAUGCUAACUUGAUGAUUCAGACUACUGUACUAGAAUGAUUGGCUCCCCAGCAAAUUGCGUUAUGAACGAGUUCAAUGAAGCUUACGUUUGUAAGACACUUUAGCAACUUUCUAAAGAUUCCCUCAACGCUCAAUAAUCAUAGAAGUUUAAGUUGAUGGCCUUCGUACCUUAGAAUAAGUAUGACGACUGCUACUGUGGUGUUUGUCCUAAGGCUUAAGAUAGCAUGGGUAAAUGCGAGUCCCAAGGAUCUGGCAAAUCUUGCGUUUUGAUUCAAGGUGACUAUAUGAGUGAAGAUAAUAAUGCUGUGACAUAAGCUUGGAAAGCCUGUAUGACUGACUAUGAAUUAAGUACAGCAAAGACCAAUUUGGUAAAUAGUGGUUAUUAGAACAUUGACAGCACACGUUUCGCAAUCUCUGAUCCAACCAUGCUAAAGAAGCCCUACACUUGCAUAUCAAAUUUCAAGUUCUACGUCAAGAAAACAGGUUAAUGCAACAAUUUGAGAUUUGGAAUGGAUUCUGAAGUAGGUAUUGAUGAGCUCACUGAGCCUAUAGACUAUUCCGCAACCUGCAAUGGUGUUAGUGUGACUAAAGGCACUCAAGAUGAUGAUAUUGACAUCACUCUUAAGAGUGAGCAGGGCUGUAUCAUCAAGCUAUCAGGAGACGGAACUCAAACCAAGACUACAUUCACACUCUAUGGCAAACAGAAUUCCCUUAAGAAUCUGGUCUACUUCAGAGAUAGAGAUGACACAUGGAAUCCAAUGGAUAUUGAUGACUAAUUAAUAAUUGAUGCUAAGGAAAAGAAAGAUUAUACCCUCCUGAUAAUGAAUACAGACACAGCUGCAGAUAUGAUCAAAAUUAAGUACUCUCUAUCUCAAGAUGCUGAUGCUGAUGUUGGUAGUGGUAGUGGUGGUGGAAGCAAUGGUCUCUACUUAGUAGUUUCAAUGGCCGCUCUCGCUAUGUCUGUUUUAGGUUUAUUAAUCUGA